CAAAGAAAAACAAGCUAGGCGUAGUAAGCGAAUAAAAAUAUUGUCAUGGGGUUAUAAAACAGAAUAUAUAGGCAGAACAGCGGGAGGGGGGCUUCCAGCCCCUUCGGGGCAGUCAUUUUUUAAAAAGAUUAACACUGUGGGCGUCCGUGCUGCUAAAUUGGCCAACGAACUGAGAAGUCGAGGACGUGUUUUUUAAACUCUUAGCUCUUUGCAUGCGGGCGUUAUUUUAAACUUUGUUUUACUUUUCUAUGACAGAGCCGGCUUUUCUUGAACUAAAAGAUCAAGAAUCUAUUUAUUGCCUAUGCAAAAAGCCUUAUGAUGGUAUUAGGGCGAUGAUUGCUUGUGAUAAGUGUGACGACUGGUUUCAUACCGAUUGCUUGGGCCUUGAGCCUAACGAAAUUUAUGAGUACGAAAAGUUUUAUUGUAAAAGCUGCCUUGAGGACAACCGUUUCCUAUCCUGUUUGAAAUUAAAAGAGAAGCCCAGAUUAUGCAAAAAUGGUAGUUGUUCCCUCGUUUCUGGCAAUAAUAGCAAAUAUUGCAGUUUAAACUGCGUUUUAUCUAAUUCACUUAUGCUUGCUUACAAGCUUGUGGGUGAGAACAGGCAGAAGUCAAGUGAAGGGCCUUUUAGCGAGGAACAAAAUAAGUUGGGGCUUCAGGAGAACAACCAUCGACUUCAAAUGAGGAGGGUGAAGUGGAACUUGGAGUGUGGCCUCGAUUCGUGCCACUCAAAUUUUAGUCUAGCUAAGAGUGGUCGAUCAGAGCACGACUCAACUUUAGAUUGUAUUUUGUGCGGCUACACUGCGUCCAUCUCUCUCUGGCACUGUCAUUAUAAAAAGUGUUAUCGAAAGGCUUUGAGAGUUCAAGUGGAAGAUAGUCUUCCUAAUCCUUUAGUGCAUGAUAACUUACAACAAAGAUUUUGUGGCCAGGAGACCCAUCUCAUCAAGAAGGGAAAGUGCUGUUUACUAAAGCGGAGUUGCUUAAUUCAUAACGCCUUUAAACAGAAUGAAAAAAAUAAAAUAUGCGGUUUUCAGCAGUUUAUAGGAAGCUCCAGUGCGGCACACGCAAGUUUUUUACAUCCCUCGACAUUGAGAGAAGAUUCUUCCAGAAAAGGGGGCCUGGCCCCGUGUCUUCUAGCUACAAGGGACUGUUACAAGCAUUGCAACUGGCGUAGUUUGCAUCGCUUAAUACUGGAUCAAAACGCUCUUCUCCUUGAAUCUGAACUACAUAACACUGCAGCCCUAAGAAGACUAUUUCAACUGAAAUUAAGAAGGAAACGCAAUUCUUUUCGCACGCUAUUUCAUUUAACUUUAAAUGGGCAUGGCAGUAAAAAUUAGGGGCUUUUGGUCGUUUAUAGUCUUAUAAUGUUCCUUUUUUUUA